AUGCAACUUAAAGUAAAAGAAAAUGAAUUAAUCGAAAUUUUAAGUCUUGCUCUAAUCCAGCCACAGAUAUCGGGAGAAGUACCACCAGCAAUCUAUGACCAAAUCUACCCGGGGGUCUGGGCUGACGGGACCCCAGGAAGGGCCAGACAUGCUCAACCUGUAACAGUAAGAUUAAAACCUGGGACACGGCCGGUAAGAAUUAAACAAUAUCCUCUCAAACUAGAAGAUAGAAAAGGGAUUAAAGAAAUAAUUGACAAUUUUAUCAAAUUUGGUUUACUAAUUGAAUGUAAAUCAGAAUUUAACACACCUAUUUUGCCAAUCCGUAAACAAGAUGGCAAAAGCUAUCGGUUGGUUCAGGACCUCAGAGCUAUUAAUAAAAUUGUUGAAGACCUCCACCCAGUGGUAGCUAACCCAUAUACACUUUUAACUAAACUAAAAAAUGAAUAUAUCUGGUUUUCUGUUUUAGAUUUAAAAGAUGCCUUUUUCUGCUUGCCUUUGGACCCUAAAAGUCAAAAAUUUUUUGCCUUUGAAUGGGAAAACCCGGAAACAGGAAGACGAUCACAGCUCACAUGGACUGUUCUUCCACAAGGAUUUAAAAACAGUCCAACCCUUUUUGGAGACCAGCUUGCCAAAGAUCUUGAAGAAUGGACGGCACCUUCAGACAGCGGAGUCCUCUUGCAGUAUGUGGAUGAUUUAUUAAUUGCAACCAGCACACAGGAAGAAUGUGAAAAUUGGACUGUGAGCUUAUUGAACUUUCUAGGGCUGAAAGGAUAUAAGGUAUCUAAAAACAAAGCCCAGAUUGUCAAGAAAGAAGUUACUUAUCUAGGAUAUGAAAUCUCAGGAGGACAACGUCGACUUGGGCCAGAAAGAAAAGAAGCCAUCUGUAAAAUACCUUUGCCACAAACUUCAAAAGAACUUCGCACAUUUUUGGGAAUGACUGGCUGGUGUAGGCUUUGGAUCUACAAAUAUGGACUAAUAGUCAAACCCCUAUACCAGAUCCUACAAGAUGGAAAUCAACAAUUAACAUGGACCGGAGAAGCUACACAAGCCUUCCAUCAGCUUAAGAAGGAACUGAUGCAGGCACCUGCACUGGGCCUCCCAGAUGUAACUAAACCUUUUUUGCUCUUUUCGCAUGAAAGGCAGGGAAUUGCACUGGGGGUCCUGGCCCAGCAGGUCGGACAAUAUCGCCGAGCAGUGGCAUACUUCUCUAAACAGUUAGAUGAAGUGAGCAAAGGAUGGCCAGGAUGUCUGAGGGCCGUAGCUGCAGUAGUACUGAACAUACAAGAAGCCCGAAAGUUCACAAUGGGACAGAGAAUGACUGUUCUAGUGUCACACGUGGUUUCAGCAGUGCUCGAACAGAAAGGCGGUCACUGGCUCUCGCCCUCCAGGUUUCUCAAAUACCAGGCCACUCUAGUAGAACAAGAUGAUGUUGAAAUCGUCACCACUAAUAUCGUAAAUCCAGCAACAUUUUUAUCAAGUUCUACAACCACAGAGGAAUCGGUGUAUCAUGAUUGUAUUGAAACAAUUGAAGCGACAUAUUCCUGCCGACCGGACUUGAAAGAUACACCACUGCCCGAGGCAGAAAUGUGGUUCACCGACGGAAGCAGCUAUAUGAAAGAUGGAAUCCGCAAAGCUGGUUAUGCCAUAACAACCACAGAUCACGUCAUUGAAGCACAAGCACUCCCUGCUGGCACCUCUGCACAAAAAGCAGAAAUAAUAGCCCUUACCAGAGCAUUACAACUAAGAGAAGGAAAGGACAUUAAUAUUUGGACAGACUCAAAGUAUGCCUUCGGGGUAGUUCAUGCUCAUGGAGCAGUGUGGAAAGAAAGAGGGUUACUCACAUCACAAGGAAAACAAAUAAAGCACGCAGAAGAAAUCUUAAAAUUACUUGAAGCUGUCCAGUUACCGAAAAAGCUUGCUAUUAUGCAUUGUAGAGGACAUCAAAAAGGGAAUACAAACCAAGAAAAAGGCAAUCGAUUGGCGGAUCGAGAGGCGAAAAAGGCAGCAGAAAACGGCCAGGUAGAACUUGCCUCCCUAAUUCCUGAUGGCAAAAUUAUAGAGGUAAGCUCUAAUGUAUCAUAUUCAAAGGAGGAUUUAAAAUUAAUAAAAGAUCAGCAAGCUCAACGCAAAGGUAACGUGUACUACUUAGAAACAGGACAAAUAGUGGUACCUGAAAGAGUACUAUGGAAAGUUGUACAAGCAGAACAUAACAAAACUCAUUGGGGGGCAGAUGCAUUACACAAAUAUCUAAGGAGACAAAUUAUAGGACGAAAUUUAUACACUACAAUAAUCCAGGUUACUAAACAAUGCAAGACCUGCCUUCAAAAUAAUCCUCACACAACCAAUAAAAUCGAGAUAGGGACAAUUGGCAAAGGUAAUCUCCCAGGGCAACACUGGCAGAUAGAUUUCUCUGAGUUGCCUAGGAAGGGAGGUUACAGAUACCUGUUGGUUUUGACAGAUACUUUCUCAAAUUGGCCAGAGGCUUUCCCGACUCGAAGCAAUAAGGCUCGAGAAGUUGUCAAGGUACUACUUAAUGAAAUUAUCCCCAGGUUUGGAGUACCUGACAUCAUCUCCUCGGACAGAGGACCACAUUUUGUAGCUAAAAUAAUACAAAGAAUUAGCAGCAUCCUGCAAAUUAAUUGGCAAUUACACACUCCAUAUCGACCACAAGCAAGUGGUCAAGUGGAGAAAAUGAAUCAUUUGAUAAAACAACAAUUGGCAAAAAUCUGUCAAGAAGUAAACCUACAUUGGUACCAAGCAUUACCUCUGGCCUUAUUGCGAAUAAGGGUCAAACCUAAAACUAAAGAAGGGCUGAGCCCUUUUGAAAUGUUAUAUGGAAGACCCUAUGGGAAUUAUUAUCAAGGAGAAGAUCUCAUACAAGUAGGAGAAGGAUAUGUACGAGAAUACUUGAUCUCAUUAAGUAAACAAUUGUCAAAAAUCAACAAACAAGUGAUGAGUACUCGCUCAAGAGGAAUAGAUCAGCCUUUACAUAACAUUUCCCCUGGGGAAUGGGUGUAUGUUAAAACUUUUUCAGGCCAACCAUUAGAGGAGAAAUGGAAAGGACCAUACCAGGUGCUUCUGACGACCUACACAGCAAUCAAAAUUAAGGAACAACCCACCUGGAUUCAUUAUUCACGAGUAAAGAAGGCACCUCGAGAAACAUGGACGUCAGAACUUGUAGGACCAACCACCCUCAGGUUUACUCGACACUAG